AUAUUCAACUUUCUGCCAGGCUGCCACUUAAUUCCUUAUUCAAAUAAUCCGUUUUCAGCAAUCAUCCCAUCGUGCUCCGUCCCUGGAUUUAUUUGUUGUUAUGUGAUUGAUCGAGUUUGGAGCUUUUCAUUUUCUACAAUGAAGAGGUUAAUUGAUUUUGGGAGAAAAGCUUUGUUCUACGUUAGGGUUCUGUCGGGCUAUGAAGAGCGAAGAAUCCGGUCUUAUCGCCUACAGAUUCAGCAGCGUCUUCAGCAGGCAGAAGAGCGGAAGGCAGCAAUAAAGAAAGUGCCAGAACAGAUAAUUUUAACGGAGGUUCGUAACAUGGUGGAAGAGAUGCAAGCUCUGAAUAAGAAGCUAGAAGACACUGAGAGUGCAAUCAAUGAAUAUUUCAAGCCAAUUGAAAAGGAAGCAGAAGUUGUAAUGCAGAUGCAGCUUGAAAGAGAGGCAACGACAAUGACAGAUGUGAUGACAGAAAUGCACAGACAGGCUUUGCUCGAACAAGUUGAGGCAGAGAAAAAAAUGGCCAUGCAAAAGCUGGAGAAGAACAAGCAGUUGCAAGAGAGCGCACCCGGGACCACUUCUCAACCAGAAAGAUGACAACUUUGUUGUCGUUAAUGUUUUUAAGUCAUUCUGAAGCAGACAGUAAAAGUGAGCAUUCAAGCAGCUCUUCUAUAAACCAUUAUGUAGUUACAUUUGGUAUGAUUUUUCAUUUUUGUAAGAAAAAUAGAAAACUUCAUGUCCCUUCAAUAAGCAUUUUUGGUUGUUCUAAACCUUUCAUCUUCUAUGAAACACUGUUAAACAUUCCCUUCCACAUUCCAGUA